GAUGACGUGCGGCGCGCGGGGCACCUCGGCAGCAUGGCGUCGGUGGCGCUGAGCGAGGCGGAGAAGGUGUACAUCGUCCACGGCGUCCAGGAAGACCUCCGCGUGGAUGGCCGCGGCUGCGAGGACUACCGGUGUGUUGAAGUCGAAACCGACGUGGUGUCUAACACCAGUGGGUCUGCCAGGGUCAAGCUGGGCCACACAGACAUCUUGGUGGGAGUGAAAGCAGAAAUGGGGACGCCGAAACUGGAGAAGCCAAAUGAAGGUUACUUGGAGUUCUUUGUCGACUGUUCAGCCAGUGCUGCCCCUGAGUUUGAAGGUCGAGGAGGUGAUGACCUUGGAACAGAGAUUGCUAACACCCUGUACCGGAUAUUUAACAAUAAGAGCAGUGUCGAUCUGAAUUCCCUCUGCAUUAAUCCUCGUGAGCACUGCUGGAUUCUCUAUGUAGACGUGCUGCUGCUGGAAUGUGGUGGAAAUUUGUUUGAUGCCAUCUCCAUUGCUGUAAAGGCCGCUCUCUUCAAUACAAGGAUACCAAGAGUUCGUGUUCUGGAGGAUGAGGAGGGGUCAAAGGACAUUGAGCUGUCUGAUGACCCUUAUGACUGCAUACGGCUGAGUGUGGAGAAUGUCCCCUGCAUUGUCACCCUGUGCAAGAUUGGUUAUCGGCACGUGGUGGAUGCUACUCUUCAGGAAGAGGCCUGCUCCUUGGCCAGCUUGCUGGUGUCUGUGACCAGCAAAGGGGUUGUCACAUGUAUGAGGAAAGUGGGGAAAGGCAGCCUGGAUCCAGAGAGCAUCUUUGAGAUGAUGGAGACUGGCAAGCGAGUGGGCAAGGUACUGCAUGCCUCCCUGCAGAGUAUCCUACACAAGGAAGAGAGCCUCGGGUCCAAGAGACAGAAAGUCGGAUUCCUGGGAUGAUUGGCACAUCAUCCCCCAACUGUGGAGGUUUUUUUUUACUUUCAAGCUGAAGUUUGUAUAUAUUUUUCUUAACUGUUAAGAAUUUGAAACAACAUUUGUACAUGUAAAAUUAAAGUCUAUUUUCUUGU